AUACUCAAGUUAGACAUGACUGUCGGCUUUCGAAGGCUGAAAACUUCGCUAGUAUGCUUUGUUGUCUUACUUUAGCAAUCUUGUUAGGAAAUGUCGACGGAAUUGUGAGCUCCCCAGUGAGGGUAAUACCUAAUAAUAGAAGUUUGGCGCUAGGCUUUAUUUCGAUUCCCAAGAUUAAAAUCAAGACUGAGGAUCUGCUACCUGUAAAUGGGCAUAGCUUCUCACCAAUGGGAAUAGAUGGGAAAUCUGUUAUGGUUCAAGCUACGGGGCGUCCCCCAAAGUAGAUAACUAACAAGAAUUAGCUCUAGUAUAGAUUAAGUGAUGUAGGGGUUUUGCUUAUGCCAUGAUUAAUAGCGGGCGGUUACUUCGGAGUAGGUGAGAUGAACCAUAACAGUA